GCCGGCAGGGAUGCUGCUGCUGCUGCUGCUGAGUGGGGAGGAUAUAUGAGCCAAGUCGGUGCUGUGGAGUUUUAGAGCUCGCGCAGGCUGUGGACAGAGUUCACUCACACAAACACACACAGACACUCAGUCACUUAACAGGCCGCCGGUUUUGUGAAUGAAUGUAUGCACCAGGCUGCUCUCUUCAUGCAGGAACUAGAAGAUAUCUUAAUAACUCAAGAUUUCUCUGGCUGAAAAUGUAGUUCAUCAGAAAGUGGAGCAACUCUGAACUCUGGGGAUAAAUCGAAGAGGUUUCUGUUUUUUUUCCAUGAACCGAGGAGGACAGCAGGUAUUUAAUGACUCCUGAAUUUACUUUCAACUUUUAACUCUACACACCUGUUGGUCUUUUAUUCUCAAGUUUGUAAAUUAUGGCUCUUUAACUCUGGUUGCCUCCCUCCCCCUGCAGUAUCCCCAUCAUGGUUGUGACUCUGGAGGGGGUAAACGCAGCGACUCCUCAAGCUCUGCUGCUGGCAUGUGUGACUCUAUUUUUCUCCCUCCACCUGUGGCGGUGGCUCCGGCGCUCGAGCCGCCCCCCGCCUGGCCCCUUUGCCUGGCCGGUCAUCGGGAACGCUGCGCAACUUGGCAAUGCACCGCACGUAUAUUUUACGCGCAUGACGCAGAAAUACGGGAAUAUCUUCCGGAUUAAACUCGGUUGCCGGACCGUGGUGGUUCUGAACGGGGAAUCUAUAAAGCAGGCGCUGGUCAAGCAGGGGACCGACUUCUCCGGCAGACCGGACUUCACCUCCUUUCAGUACAUCUCCGGAGGGAACAGCCUCGCCUUUGGCACCAGCACGGACUGGUGGAAGAUGCACCGCAAAAUUGCGCAGUCCACAGUCCGCAUGUUCUCCACGGGGAACCCACAUACUAAGAAGACUUUUGAGCGCCAUGUCCUCGGAGAGGUCAGGGAGCUGCUGCAGCUGUUUGUGGGGAAGACGCACGAGCAGCGGUUCUUCCAGCCUCAGGCAUACCUGGUGGUGUCCACAGCCAAUAUCAUGAGCGCAGUGUGCUUCGGGAAGAGAUACUCUUAUGAGGACGAGGAGUUUCGGCAGGUGGUGGGAAGAAACGACCAGUUCACAAAGACAGUGGGUGCAGGGAGUAUAGUGGACGUGAUGCCCUGGCUGCAGUACUUCCCAAACCCCAUCAAAACCAUCUUUGACAACUUCAAGAGGCUCAACUUAGAAUUCAGCACGUUCAUCCGAGAUAAAGUGGUCGAACACAGAAAGACUAUCGAGUCCAGCAGCAUCAGGGACAUGACGGACGCUUUUAUUGUGGCGCUGGACCAACUGAGAGACAAGAAUGGACUCUCAUCAGGGAAGGACUACGUGCCCCCCACUGUGGGGGACAUAUUUGGAGCGAGUCAAGACACUCUGUCUACGGCACUGCAGUGGAUCGUCCUCAUAAUGGUCAAGUAAGAGAAUAUUUUGCUUUUCAUUAUUCAGAAAUCAUGUUUUCACAAUUUUCAAAACGAGUAUAAACCACUGAUUUUUGUGUCCAUUUUUGUGCGACAGAAAGCAAAGCCUUUAAAUCAUAGAGGGAAACAGCAGCAGCAGACAAUAAAUCAGUGCUGCUCCUCAUCCUGUUGUAAAACCUGAAUACACUUGAGGAAGUUCAGUAGCAUUUAUGUUAUGUAACAGAAAAGGGUGGGGGGAGGGGAGGAGGAGAAGGGGAUGGAUUGAGACUCAGACAGGUAAACUGGCUGCAAGAAACAAAGAGCUGAAACUAAACACCAGUGAAAGUGAAGAGCCCACUCAGCACUUUGCUGAAAAGAGAGAACCGUUCACUUCGCUACCUUUAAAUCAGAGCUGUUUAUUUAGCUGCUGUCAGUGAUACAUCCUUAAUAUUUAUAUAACUGUUUAUGUACUUCUCUCAGGACGGCUGUCUUUGUUUUGAUUCAGUCUUUUAAAGCAGAGCAGAUGGAAGCAAAACCUUUGAGCCAAUAAAUCAAAAUGAAGUAACUUUAUGAUCAUAAUAGUGGUGACAAUAAAAAUAUGAUCUGCAAACCUGAGCAUUUUGAUUAUAUAUUCAAAAGUUUAAAGAACUUUUGUUUAAAAAUUGAAGAGUUUUAUUUGCUUGUCAAUAAAUUUUGCUUUGGUAAAAAAAAAUGAUUUGAUUGAGAAUUUUGAGCAAAAUUGAAAGUUUUGAUUCAACAUCAAAUGUUUUGUUUACAAAACUUAAAAGUUUUGUUUAAAAGUCCAGAAAAACUUAUGUGGAAAGAACAUUUUUGUUGAAACUAUAAAGUUAGUUGCAAAAUCAAAGCUUGUAAUAAACCCCAAAGAUUUGCUCAUGAUCCACUUUCGAAAAAAAUCACAUUUUCCAUAUAUUUCUUAAUGGAUUUAUUUGCUGGCAAAACUGACAUUUUAAAUGUAAAGCCAGGAGUAUUUCUCAUGGAUUUAAAGUCCUGGAAAGGGUUUCGUUGGUUCAGGUUUGCCUUAUACUGAUCUACCUACACCAAAAUCAGCUCAAAGCAACAGAAAAACCAAAAGUUUGCAAAGAAACAAGUUUAAAUUAGCAAUCAAAGACAGAUUUGCAAGGAUAAAUGUCCUUACUUUCCAUUGCAUUGUUUGAAAAUUUGCUAACAUGUAUAAUUUGUAACUUCAAGUGCAUUAUGUUUGGCUUUUAACUCAUCUAGACUCACUGGUGUUACUGAGACAAAAGUGAUUUGCAUCAUGUCUGUGAGUAAAACAAUGGUUUGUUUUACUCAUAACAGCAUAACGAUAGAUAUGUUUUUGAUGUGACUGCAGUGGGAACGCUCAGGUCGUGUUCAUGCGACCUAGACGUCAUCAAUAUGCGACAAACGUCAAACACAAACAGGCGCGGAUAGCAAUUUAUGCUUUGUGUGCAUGCAUUUCACUUAGCGCAUGCAUUCCGUUCACAUUAGAUGCCGCAUUCGUUCAUUCAUUGUAACGUGAACGACCGCACCAAAAGAUGGGAUUUAACAAAAAAUCUGAAUUAUGCAUCAUAACCUGCAGUGUGAAUGUAGACAAAGAGUCAUUUAUUGUGUUACCGAGUGAGUGGAAGUUUUUACUUUAACACAUUUCCUCCCAUGGUUGCAGGUAUCCUGAGGUGCAGGCACGUCUCCAGCAGGAGGUGGACAGGGUGGUGGAUCGUAGCCGGCUGCCCUCAGUGGAGGACCAGGUGCACCUGCCUUACAUCAUGGCCUUCAUCUAUGAGGUGAUGCGCUUCACCAGCUUUGUGCCACUCACCAUCCCCCACUCCACCACCACCGACACCUUCAUCAUGGGCUACAUGAUACCAAAGAACACAGUGGUCUUCAUCAAUCAGUGGUCCAUCAACCAUGAUCCAGCCAUAUGGUCCCAGCCAGACACCUUUGACCCAGAGCGGUUCCUGGACCAGAAUGGACGGCUGAACAAGGAUAAGACCAGCAGUGUGCUAAUCUUCUCGCUGGGGAAGAGGCGCUGCAUUGGUGAGGAUUUGUCCAAGAUGCAGCUGUUUCUCUUCACCACACUGCUCGCCCACCAGUGCCACAUCACCACAGAUCCAGCCAGUCUGCCCACACUGGACUACGAGUACGGUCUGACUCUAAAACCUAAUCCCUACUGCAUCGCAGUGUCUCUGCGGGAGGAUAUGAAGCUGCUGGAUUUGGCAGCCAAGCAGGCUAAGGAGGCCUCAUAGACAGAACAUCAAGCGAUGAUCAAGUGAAAACUCUUAACAAACCAAUUAAAUGAAGGCUGAAACACAGAAAGACUUAGAGCUCACAUUUGUGGACUGAAAACGAUAUUUAUAAACUGAAACCUCAGGCUCCAUCCUCAACACUGAUUACUGACUCCUUCUUAAGUGUUCUGGUGCCAGCAGGAAACAGAUGUAGUAUGAGGACACUUUUAUAACCUCACUAUGCAUCAAACAGAAAAGGCGUAAAACAGAAACAUUCAACACUGUGAAAAAUUAAAAGCCUAAACCAUCAGCAGAGCUUUAAAGCUCCUGAGGAGUUUUUGGUAGAUCAUAAAUACUGAUGCCCCUUUAUGACCUAAAAACAAGCAAACAGGACUGUAAGCAUUAGUCUUGAUCACACCUUCAAAGUUAUUUGUGUGCCAUUAAAAGCACACUUAAUAACCACAUUUUUUUAGCAGUUUUCUAUGAGUGAUUUUUUACAACAGCUCAAAGACAGCAAGAUGAGAUUUCUUUGUUAAAACACAGUUUGUAUAGGUAUGGGAUAAAACCAGCAGAUAGAAAAAGUUACACUUUGAGGUACCAAACCCGACACUCAAACUUAAAGAUCCUCACAGGAGCUUAAAAAGAGUAAAUGUAUAUUAACUUCAAACCAAAAGUGAUGCUUGCAGCUCAAAAAUCUUUAUUUCCAAUAGUUUGGUUUUGAAGCCAAAGUUUUGCGUGUUUGCACAAGCUCAGUCUUGUGGGCGGGGCCUAUGCUCAAAGGGGUAACUCCAUUGGCAGCCUUGUUUGCAACAGAGGCAACAGUUUGGAUUUAAAAUUUUUGGCUUGCAAAAUGAAGAUAUAUAUGUGUAUAAAGUGCAAACAAAACAGUGAACUAUAAACAAAAAUAUCAUUGUGAAUAUUGUCAUAUCUGAAAAGCUGAACUGUUCCACUUGCAAAACUACUUUUGAGUUGGCAAACUAAACUCUUGAAUCUUCAACCCAAUAUUGAAUUCAAUGUUGAUAAUUUACUCAUAUAUCCUGUUUGAAAAAAAAAAAGUUUUAAUAUUGUUAUGUUGACAGCAGUGUGUUAAAGUUUUGGCGUGCCCUCUUUUCUGUUAGGUUGCAUUGUAAAGAUGCAAAAGUGACCUCAUACUGCUCCAUCUGUUCCACACAGCCAGUCGUUCACCUGGGCUCAAUCUGACUCUCCUCAUCUUUAGACUGAUCUAAGUGUAGCUCUGCAGACUGCUGCACAUCACUGGAGAUAUACUGUAAUGACAGCUGCUCUAAUCAGCUCUGGUGACUGUAGUGUGAUUGCCUCAGCUGCAAGAUUUGAUAAAAAAACUAUUCUGAUGUUUUAACAACAGAGUGUUGCUGAUCUUUUUGUAUAAAUGCUGGAAAAAAAAAUCUAUUUCAAACCCAUCAACACACUGAACUUGUUGUACGUGCAGGUGAAAAACUGGAGUCACAAUGGUUGCAGGGUUUCUGCACAAUCCGGCCAAUAAGCUAACAGAGUGCAUCAGCCCCUGAUGUUCAGUACUAAUGUGUAGUUUUUAUAUAAAGUAUAAAAGUGUAGUUACUCAGGAAUAAAAGUGAUGCCAAAUACUACUCUUGCUUUUAAGAAUCCCCUGAUAUAAUCUGAAAGUUACUGACGGCUCUGUUUGAAAGGAGCGUACACCGAACAGACCUGCUGCCUGUCUGUCUGUGACCUGCUGUCCAGAUGUUAGAUCAGUGUUACUCACUCCUUUAUUUCUCUGUUUGAAUGUUGUAGUAAGCUGCUGACGUUAACUUCCAUGCCAGUAACCCAGUGAUUUCUUCUUCAUGUUGUUUUAUUUACAGGAAUAUUCAUGCUGUUGUUGUUUUUAUAAAGGUGCCUGACAGUUGUCUCAGCAUGGGAGACUGAUGCACUGACUGUGAAGGUUUGGAUCUGAGUGUUUGUUGGCUCUCUGCUAAAGCACACUUGAAUAACCAGAUUCAGGUUAAUCUUUGAAAUAGGAGGUGAAUUCAAUACAAACUGAUAUUGCCAACUAGGACACAUUCCUGGAUCAACAUAAUGCUCCCACGCUGCUUUUGAAUACCUCUGAGUUAGGCUAUACUUUCCUGUUUGAAACUAAGACCAAAUCUUUGAGGUUGUGCGACUUUAAAGGCACUGUGAGGAGUUUUGUGUUGAUUUUGAUGAUUAAAAUUGUAAGCAUGUUUCCAAGAUAAAGACCUCAUUUCCCAUAAGCACCAUCAAAGACUUUUCUUGCCAAAUUGUGCAUUAUGCAUCUUCUUUUUAAUACUUUUUGUACGUUUUACAGGAUGCAGAGUGAUGAGGGGAUGAUUUAUAGACACAAAAAAGGACUCUACCAUGACAACCAAUCAACAUGAUAAGUGUUUAUUCCUGGUAAAGCUCCUGUGAGGAACCUUCUGUUUGUGUUGGAUUUGGAGCCCCCUGUGGACAAAUGGAUAACUUUUUAUUGUUGCUGAUUUCAUCUCAUCUUUGAAAGUGACGUUCAGUGGCAAAAAGCCAAGACUAAAACUAGGACUAGAUGUACUGCUUUAAUGGUAAGCAUUGCGUACACUACAGGAUAAUAGUGGGGAUUUUGGGCCUGAUUGUUGGGUGGUUUCAGUGAUUAUUUUGUCAAAUUAUCAUGGGUGUGAGGUGUGUUAGGGGAUUUUUUUCUGCGCUCAGAUCUGUCUGAUCUGUGCAGGAGAGUAUCUUAGCUAACCUGACAUGAAAUCCUUAAUAUCAGACAAGGUCAAUAUUCAUGUUUUGAACUCCUUAGGUGAGGGGAACUCUUGAAUAAACACAUGGAAGAACUCGAGAGCCAAUCAUGACACAAGCUAAGAGAAGAAGAAAGCAACUAUUGGACCAAUGUGCUGAUAAACUGCGACAAUAAGAGUUUGUACACAAAGCAUUUGGUAAAACACACUGAUAUCGAAAUGAAACACAGAAGCGUUGGAAGUACCAGGAAGUGUAUCAGCUGUGUUUGGUGUGCUGUGUUUAUGAACUUAAACAUUUUCAAAAUCUCUAAGUGUGAGCCAGACUUCACCCGACAGAGCCCUGGUGUCAUGAGUAUGUGGAUGGUUUAAUUCUUUUACAAUAUCUGUAAAGAGCAGUGAAGCUUUCAUAUGCUGGCAUUUUAAAAAUCUUUUUCAGAGCAAAGCAACCAUUCAUUACACCACUAUUCUCUUUGAUUUGAAGCUGAAGCUUUAGUCUGUUUCAUUAUCAAAACAAACAAAGAAAAACCCCACAGGAGCUUUAACAUCUGAUGAAAAACUCCUCAGAUCCAAACCUUCAUAGUGUCUUUACCUCAUCGCGCUUCUUAUGUGGAGCUUCACUAACACAAUUAAACAACUUCAAGCUUUGGACUUCACAAACUGAACCUGCAGGUGUGAUGUCGCUCCGCUGAGUAUUUUUGCUUGUCUGCACGCUGUUUGGAUGAUGAUGUACAGAAACAUAAUAAAUAAAGAGACACUUUAAUUGUUC